AUGGGGGAGGAGAAGCUGGAGAUCAAGCGCGACCUCAAGGAGCAGCAGCUCGACAACGAGGGCACCGUGGAGAUGAUACGAAAGCGCUUCGCGACGAGCCUCGAGAAGCUCCGCGAGACCUUCGAGGUGAACCACCAGGGCCUGCGGGAGCGCUACGAGGAGCAGGUGAACGACCUCCGCGUGGACCUCGAGCUGAGACGGAAGGUGGAGACGCACGAGGUGGAGGAACGCAAGAACCAGCACAUCAAUGAGCUCAUGCACAACCACCAGGAGGCAUUCGACGAGAUCAAGGCGUACUACAACGACAUCACGCACGACAACCUCCAGCUCAUCAAGUCGCUCAAGGACGAGAUCCAGGAGAUGAAGGACCGCGAAAAGAGCAACCAGAAGAAGAUGGCCAAGCUGACACAGGAGAACAAGGACUUGCAGAAGCCCCUGGAUGAAAAGCUGGAGAACUUGCGCGAGCUGCAGGAGAAGCUGAAAUCGCAGAAAAAGGACAAGCUUGCGCUGAAGAACCUGAAGGCGCACCACAAGCAGCUGGACGAGCGCACCACGGAGGCGAAGCAGGAGUUCCGGACCACGGAGGAGCGGUACCGGAAGCUCGAGAAGGAGCGGGACGACCUGUCACGCCGGUACCAGAAGGCCGUGCGGGAGAUCCGGCGGAAGGCGGAUCUUGCCAAGAACGUCGUGCUGGAGAAGAAGCUCGAAGGGCUCGUCGCCCAGUACGACGCGAAGCAGGCCCAGCUCUCGGAGGUCCUGGGCGCGGCCAACCUCGACCCGGCGGUGGUGGCGAACGUCACGCAGAAGCUGGAGCAGGUGCUCGGGCAGAAGAACAAGGCAAUCAACGACCUGAAGUACCAGCUGCACGUGUGCACCAAGGCCUACAACGACACCAUCCGCGUCUACGAGGCCAAGCUCCCCGCUCUUGGAAUCAAUCCGGACGAGAUUGGCUUUGAGCAGAUCCAGACCGACUCCUCCCUUAUGCCCGCCAGGCUCGUCACACAGGUCGGCUGA